UUGUUGCAGAGUUAUUGUUGGUAGUUGGUGUAUUUAGACUACUAGUUGGUGUAGUCAUUGUUGGUAGUUGGGAUGGGUGGCUUAGUGGCUUAGCAUAUGUGAAUCGUGAAUAUGCGAUCGCACUAAAAUGUAAAUGUUGCGCCUUGA